AUGACGUAUACACUUUUCAUUGGCAACAAACGUUACUCUUCUUGGUCCAUGCGACCAUGGGUCCUCCUCAAAGCUCUCGACAUCCCCUUCGAGGAGAAACUCAACCUCUUCAAGCCCGGCCUUCGCCAGCCCGAAUUCCUCGCUUUUUCCCCAACUGGAAAAGUGCCUUGUCUUAACGACGGCGAGACAUCUAUCACCGUCUGGGAUUCUCUUGCAAUCUGCGAGUACAUCGCCGAGAAGUAUCCCGCUGCUUGGCCGACUGAUGCCACCGCUCGCGCCUUUGCUCGAUCUGCUGCUGCUGAAAUGCACUCUGGAUUUGACGGCAUCCGUGACGAGUGCUCCAUGAACGUUGGUCUGAGAAUUGAACUGGGAAAGCCUAGUGAAACACUGCAAAGGGAUAUCAACCGUUUCAACGCUCUUUUCAAAGAAGGUCUAGAGAAGUUUGGUGGGCCGUGGUUGGCUGGUGAUAAGUUUACCAUUGCGGAUGCUAUGUAUGCACCUAUCGCCUCUCGGGUGAAGACUUAUGGUAUUGAACUGGACGGGGCUGCCAAGGAGUAUCUUAACAGAUUGUUUGAGCAUCCUGCUGUACAGGACUGGGUUCAGGGUGGUAUCAAGGAAACUAGCAGAGAGCCUUUCCAUGAGGAGGAUUGUUUGAGAGGACGCAAGAUGCUUCAGGAUCUGACCAAAUGA